CUCUCUCUCUCUUUCUCUCUUACUCCUUCUGUGUCAUUCAUACCCACAGCACAACUUACACCACACAGACAAUAUCUAGAAGAACUUUCUCUCUUUGCUUAUUCAUGUUAAGCUAUUAAGUUAUUCAUUUCAUUGAAAACUCUUUCAUGGACCCAAGGGCUUCUUCUACUCUUUGGAUUUUUUGCCUGUCUUUCUGAAGCAGUCAAGAGCAACAGGGUCUGAUUACGUUCCUGAGAGAGACUCUUUGAAGAAUCUCAUCUUCUCAGCAGGUUUAUUUUCCCUCUUUUGACCCCGCGCCUCUGUUUUUACUUCACCACAUUGUUGUGAGGGAGAAUGUUAAGGAUCUACUGUGGCGCUUGUGUUGUUUUAUGGAUUUUUUUCAUAGCGGAGUGUAAAAUUCCAGAGGUUCGCGUGAGCUGCAUCUUCUCUGAGGACUGUGUUCUUCCCUGCUCUUUCACAUCUACUGGUGCAAAUGCGAAUGUUCAGUGGUACCAGCAGGAGGCGCUGGUCCUCAGUUUACCGCAAGCGGGACAGGGACCCAGCAAUGGAAACAUGCAGUUCAUCAGCAACAGUGCCUCUGAUGGCAACGCUUCGAUCAUGCUAAAAAAAGCAGAUAAGACGAGUAAAGGACGAUACAAAUGUGUGGUCAACAAUGUGACUCAGACGUAUGUUAUUGCCAUGGUGGAAGCUCCCAUCAGGAUGAUCUCCAUCAACAGCAGUGAGUCGGGUUUGGUCCAGUGCUCCACCAGAGAUGUGUAUCCUGCGCCGGUGUUGCAGUGGAGCUCAGAGCCCGCCUCAGCUCCUGGUGUCCUGCAGCCUAUCACCCGCAUCAGUCCUGGAGGAAACGGCCUUUUCUCAGCCCAGAGUGUCUUAAAACUGCAGAACAACAGCCUUGAGCAUGUCUAUAUGUGCACCAUCACCUCUAAAUAUGAAACACAGACAUGGACGGCGUCAUUUAAGCCACAAGAAAUUACCGGCUAUACGGGGCAAGACCUGGUUAUUCCAUGCAAAGCUCCCAAGCACCUCCAGUUCUUAUCUGCCGUCUGGACAUUUACAAGAGCAAACAAAACCACAGACGUCCUGAAGUAUGACAGCCGAACCCACACAUUCAGCAGCUCACUGGAUCAUGUAAAUCUACAGGAGAAGGACAGAGCUGUGAUAGGAGACUUUUCUCUCGUCCUGAAGAAACCCGUGGCCUCAGAACAUGCUGGCAUCUACACAUGUGCCUUCACUGGAGCAAAGACACAGCAUCUGAUACAGACACACGUCGACAUCACUUCCUCCAGACAGGGGAAAGAUUCUAUGAAAUAUAAUCUGUGGAUGUUGGGUAUCGUCAUAGGAUUAAUCGUUCUUCUUGCCACCGUCUUGAUUAUAAAAAGAUACAGAGCAAAGUCAAAAAGAAGUCCCGAAAAUGCUCAAGAGGAUGCAGAAAUGCAAAGAAUGAACGCAGGUACCGUCCACUCAGACAAAGCAGCAGAAGAUGCACAAGCGGGAAUGAAACUUCUGACAGAAGCUUCAGCAUCUCACAGUCAACCAUCAUGAGAUACAAGAGAGAAACUAUUUACAGGACUCACUGACAGACAGACUGUAUUUCUAUGCCAUUUGAACAAGCACAACGUCACAGAGAAUAACAUAAACAUUUCAAGUAUUUUUAUUUUUU